AUGUCUUGUACUACAGGUAUCUCAGGUGUCGCAAUCUCAAUGAUCUAUACGGACAGAGACCGUGUCGGAAGCCUGACUGACUGGCCUCUUACUCUUUCUCGGACGCUGGCUCGGACGCUGACGAUGGCAACCAUUUCGAUUCGCAUGAGUGGUUUGCUCGAAUGGGACUUGAUGGUUCAUUCAUCGCACCAGACUCUGACUCGGAUGAUGACUUUAUGUACUACAACAACCGCCCCAUCUCCGUCCCCGAGGAGUUCGAGGAAAGGGAAAAGCGCAGAGAGGGCUACGUCGUGGAUUAAGGGCUGGGUGCGGAAUGGGUGGCGGACGAGUAGUGGGACUCCGGCCAAGAAUAAGGAUCUGUGGAAGUGCUUGUUGGGAUGGUGUGAGGAUGCGGCUACGACUCGGGCGAAGACGAAGCUUGAGUUCUGGCGGAUCCCGCGCGGGUGGAAUGCCAAAGCAGAUGGAUGGGCUAAACUUGCUGCUGAUAAGGAUGUGAAGCCGACGACCUUUAUGAAGUCGACGGGUUAUCUGAUUUAG